CGCGUCGCUCCCGGCCCGCCCGCUCGCUGAUUGGCGGGGCGCGGGGGGCGGGCCGAGGCGGCCGGCGGGCAGGAAGGCGCCAUGGCGGCCGUGGCCCAGUGCGUGCGGGGAGCGCUGCGCCCGCGCCUCCCGCUACUGAGCGUCGCGCUGAGAACAUCUCCACGACUGCUUUGUGCAGCAACACAGCAGAAAAAUACUGGCCAGAACUUGGAAGAGGACCAGAGUCAGAGCCAGAAUGAGCAGAAGGUGGAACCCAGCUCUGCUGAAAAACUGCUAGCGGAAGAAAAGGCCAAACUGGAAGAACAACUAAAAGAAGUUACUGAGAAGUACAAGCGUGCCUUGGCAGAUGCAGAGAACGUGAGGCAAAGAAGCCAGAAGCUGGUAGAAGAGGCAAAGUUAUACGGGAUCCAGAGCUUCUGUAAGGACUUACUAGAAGUUGCAGACAUUUUGGAGAAAGCGACAGAAAGCGUUCCAAAAGAAGAAAUUAAAGAUGAAAAUCCUCACUUGAAGAGCUUAUACGAAGGUCUUGUCAUGACAGAAGUACAGAUUCAGAAAGUGUUCAAAAAGCACGGCCUGCUGAGACUGAACCCUGUGGGAGCCAAGUUCGAUCCCUACGAACACGAGGCGCUGUUCCACACUCCCGCGGAGGGCCAGGAGCCCGGCACCAUCGCGCUGGUCUCCAAGAUCGGCUAUAAGCUGCACGGGCGCACGCUGCGGCCCGCCCUGGUGGGGGUGGUGAAAGACGCUUAGCUGCCCCAGCUGGGAGUUUCAAAUGCCAUACAACUAUUAAACAGCUGGAUGGUUUUUCUCUCACACCGUGCUUCCCUCGUUCCUCUGCUCCCCGAGAGGUUUAAAUGAGUUGGUUGAGGUUUCCCAGUGAAAAUGAAGUAACUGAUGAAAUUCUCCUGCUUAGUGGCCUUCGACAUCACUGUUCCAUAAGCUCUUCUUCAGUGUGAACUACAAGAGCCAUUAAGCCCUCUAAUGCUUUAGGUUAGAUAAUGUUUUUUACAACUAUUGCUCCUGAGAUGGUGAAUUAAAUUGAAAAGAAUGAAACGCUCACGAGAAUGUUGCGAUUUCAAGUUUAUCACCGUGUGUAGAUUGAAGAUGCAGAUAGUGGUUGAGACAGUUCCUUUGGUUUUGUAGAAUCUCACGUUGCAGAAGUGGGUGAUGUAGUACAAAUAACCUGCCUUCUGCAAGCACCCAUCAGCUUUUACACACCGAUGUGAUAAAUGCCCUGUUUUGUCUAUUCAAAAAUAAUCUCUCAACAACUGAAACUGAAAGCUGUGUGAAUUCUGAACUGUAAAUAAAUGGCAAUGGAGAUUAGAUAUCUUUUGUAAUUGUUCAACCUUUUUGUCCUGUACUAACAUUGAAUCAAGAAAACCAUCUAAUACUUGUAUGGCAUUGAAGAACCAAUAGAAUUUAUCCUAUCUCUGGAUUUUUAAUUUAAUGUUGUAUAAAUUGGUUUAAACAAUUUUUAUAGUCUUGUAACUUCCAGCUUUGCAAUCAGUUUGUUAUGCAAACUGUAGUUACAAUCCUGAUGGGAGCCAGAACACCCAAAGAACUGAGUUGCUGAGAGUUUGAUAUAUGAUUUCUUUUAGACUUAUAUAAAUAAUUGCAUGUAAGUGGCUCAAAUGAAAGUGUGAACUUAGUUUCAUUUUCUUGAUUUCUUGCAUUUACUCAGCUUGGAUAUUAGGUUGCACCAGAACUUUUCUCCAUGCAGCUCUUGCCAUGUCUGACUCCAGCUGCUGCUCCCAGUCCUGCAGAAUCAGCAUAAAAUGCAGCACGUGAUUACCUGAAGGACAUUUGUCUGGUCACCUGGAUUGGAGUGGGUGGAACCUGGCAAAUUACACAACUGACAGAGGAUCUGUUCUCUUGUAUUUUGAAAGCCCACACUAUUAACACACAGGACAGGAUCUUCAAACUUAGGGAAGUUAAUAGGUCCUGUAAAAAGUAAGUACUUCUGAAUUUUUUACCAUGUUUCCGGUUUUUGUGGAUUAAGGAGCUUCUUACCCUAAAGUCAAGUAUUGAUUAUAUUGUUUGUGAUUCAGAUAGAGAGUGCCAAAUUGCACUGGGCCUACUCAUGAUGAGAAGUGAUUACUCAUUCCUUAAGAUAUUUUUCCCAGUUCUGGUUUCCUUCAUGGGAAUUAAACAGUUAACCAGGAACGGCCUAAGUGCAUAAAACUGUUUGGAGGUUAGUCAUGUUAAUCAUAUUUAAGGAUUCAUUCUUUCUCAACUCUAUGAGAGAAUGCUUCCACUGGGCAGAGGAAGGAGAGUAAUUUUUUGAUGUGUGAAGACAACUACAAUGUUGAUUUUUUUAAACUGAUCAAGUACAGAGAAAAAAAUGCAAAGAUCAAGUUUAAAAAUACAGGGGGAAAAAGAGGAUUCCAUAUACUGAAGUUGAAUGUGGAAGUAUCUUUCCUCCAUCUGGGUUUAAGAGCACACUGUAGUUGUGUGAAGUAGGAUUGAAGAAAUGGUUUUGAUGCACUUUGAUUGAGAUCUGUUCUCACAAUUGAUGUCAAAAAGGGACCAGGUUCCAUUUUGUAUAGCUUUAAAGAACUGUCAUGUGUUGUUACGUCCCCUCCCAAUCCCUCUGGAUCGAAAUGAAAUGUAAUAAUGUCCUUAGUAUAGAAUUUUUUGUAGUAGAGAGUUAAACAAAGGGACACAUUGUUCCCUAGCAGAUGAGGAUUUUGCUAAUGAGCUUCCCAAGUGCUUCACACAAACUGUCAUUCUUGGACUACAUAAUUCAUUAGGGGUGUUCUUAAACACAAGCUCCUGUUACACGUUCAGCACAAGGGUCAUCUUUGAAGCUGGUAACUGAGUCUCAUUGAAGUGGUUCCCCGUCCCUGGCCUCAGAAAGGCUCUGGCUGAAGUGGGUCAGUCUAUGGAGAGCUCCAGCCACCUGUGCACUCUGCCACAGCCCAGGAAGGAGCACUGAAGAAAUCAACAGAAGAAGGUAGUUCUGAAAUUUAAGCACCCAACAAAGCUACCACCAGUACUAGCUAUCUCACAGACUACAUUUCCUCCCAUCACAUUUAGCUACAUAAAAUUCAGCUCCAAUUGUUACUGCAAAGACUUAAGCCAUUUUCCUCAUUGCCCAAGCUAUGUUAUUGUUAAAUCAAUAAUGGGAAGAAACCUAAAUACAAGUUUAUUUACCAAUCCACAAUGCAAAAAGCUAGUAAAAUGCUGUGUGCACAUCA